AUGAGAAAAGGAAAAGUCCCUUUGUUUGGAAGAGAAUGGUUGUAUGCCCUAAAGUUAAAUUGGACAGAAAUAUGGAACUUAAACCUAGACAGAGUUGCACAAUUUAAGAACAAAUACAAGGAUGUAUUUGACAGAGACUUGGGUAAAGUGAAGAACUUUAAGGCUAAAUUGAAGUUAAAGCCAGAAAGUACGCCAAAGUUUGUAAAGGCUAGAAAAGUGCCAUUCGUUAUGAAGCCGCAGAUUGAAGAAGAGCUAGAUCGUCUUGUAAAAGAUGGAGUUCUGGAGAAAGUCGAUACAAGUGAAUGGGCAACCCCUAUAGUACCUGUUCCUAAGAAGGAAGGCAUUAGGAUUUGCGGGGACUUUAAAGUGACCAUUAAUCCAUUGUUUGAAGUAGACCAACAUCCCUUGCCUAAAAUUGAAGACAUAUUUGCGUCACUAGGGAAAGCCCCAGCAAUCUUUCAGAGAUUGAUUGAACAGGCUGUAGGAGAUAGUAAUAACGUAGAAGUGAUAUUAGAUGACACGAUAGUCACAGGACAGGAUGACAAUGAACACUUAGAAACACUCGAAAAAGUUCAGAGUCGGUUGAGUGAAUACGGGUUAAAAAUGAAUGUAGAGAAAUGUGCGUUCAUGAAUGACAAAGUGGUGUUUUGUGCCCAUGAUAUUACCAAAGAUGGUCUCCACAAGACAACUGAGAAAAUUAACGCGAUAAAAGAUGCACCGCCAAUCAAAAAUGUUAGAGAUCUAAGAUCGUUCCUAGGACAAAAUUUGGCAACAGUGUUACAUCCCCUGCAUCAACUAUUGAGCAAUAUUGCUAAAUGGAAGUCGACCAAAGCGUGUCAAGAUGUAGUUGCCAAAGUGAAAGAGAUGAUAACAUCUGAUCUUGUACUGAUCAACUAUGAUCCUGAUCUACCGAUUAUUCUCGCGUGCGGCGCAAGCUCUUUCGGAAUCGGAACAGUUCUCAGCCACAAGCUACCUAAUAGUACAGAGCGACCGAUAGCUUUUGCAUCGCGGAGUCUCAAUUAA